GGCAGAGAAGGUGGCCAUGGGGUUAGCACCUCACUCUCUCCUGGCCCUGACUGGCCAGUUGCCCUGGCCACUGCUCCUGGCUCUGCUCGCUCCAUGGAAUGUCCUCCGAGCUGAAGAGCUGAAGCCCACUAGAUGGCCCCUGUUCUCCCAGAAGCCUUUGCUCCUCGCCUGGAAUGCCCCGACGGAGGACUGUGGCCCCCGGCACGAUGUGCAUUUCCUGCUGGAGCAGUUCCAGAUCGUAGCGUCGCCCAACGAGGGCUUCGUCAGACAGAACCUCACCAUCUUCUAUAAGGACCGGUUAGGGCUGUACCCGUAUUACAAGCGUGACCGCACCGCGGUGAACGGUGGGAUCCCUCAGGCUGCCAGCCUCACGCAGCACCACGAGAAGAUGCCCGAAGGUGUGCACAAAUACAUACGUGAACCAAACGCCAAAGGCCUCGCCGUCAUCGACUGGGAGGAGUGGCGUCCGCUGUGGAUUCGCAACUGGGACGUCAAGGACGUGUACCGGGACCAAUCCCGGCAACUAGUGGCCAAGAAAAACCCGGACUGGCCCCCGGAGCGCGUGGGAAAAGUGGCUCAGCAGGAGUUUGAGCUGUCGGCCCGGAAGUUCAUGCUGGAGACCCUGAGGCUGGCCAAGAGCCUGCGGCCCAACCAGCUGUGGGGGUUCUACCUGUUCCCAGACUGCUACAACCAUGACUACCGGAGCGGCCUGGAGAACUACACAGGUCGCUGCCCUGAUGUGGAGGUGGCCCGUAAUGACCAGCUCACCUGGCUGUGGACUGAGAGCACGGCUCUGUUCCCUUCCGUCUACAUGGGCACGGUGCUGCGCUCCACCACAUUCGGGCGGCAGUUUGUCCGGAACCGGGUGAAGGAGGGGAUGCGGCUGGCUUCGGCGGGCGACGGGCUGGCACGGCCCGUCUUCGUCUACACCCGGCCUACGUAUGCCAACGAGCUGACUCCGCUGACUGAGGUGAGGGCCGACGUUGUCUAGGUCUAAUUCUAAUUCUGUCCCUAUAGAUAUUAGUCUACUCAUCACGACCAUAACUUGUGCUGUGCAGAGACCUGAUAUCACUGUUGUUGUUAUUCCAGUAAGAAGUCAGCCAGGCACACGGUAGCUUUGAAAUUCUCAGCUGACUGUUACUAUAGCUGCUUUUCUCAGUUUAGUGAGUGUGUGUGACUGCAUGGCUGCGUUUACACAGGCAGCCAAAUUCGGAUCUUUUUUUCACUAAUUGGUCUUUUGACCAAUCAGGUCAGCUCUGAAAAAGAUUGGAUGUGGAAAGAUCUGUUGUGAUUGGUCAAAAGACCAAUUAGUGAAAAAAAAAAUCAGAAUUGGGCUGUGUAGAUGCAGCCAAUCACGUUUCAACAAGAGCAUCAGUGUGCAGUCUGUCUGAGUGAUAUCGAUAAUCACAGACAGGUUCCUUCUGGUCUUGCAACGCAGGUGUUACUCUUGAUAGAGCCUAAAAAUAUAACGAUCCAUCAUCAAAAUGCUCUUGUUUUAAAUAGGGUUGAUGAGAGGAGCCUCCCUGUGAGAUGUCACGAGCACAUACAGUGUUAAAGGCUUUAUACCCUGAUGAAGACAGCUUGGCUGUGGAAACGUUGGUUAUAAAAUGAUUGCAUCUGAGCUCCUAGAGUGAGGCUCUCCUUUUCUUUUUUUAAAGCCCAGGCUUACAUAAUAUGUCAGGGCUAAAUAUAGAACACACACAUGCGCACACUCAUGACCAAGCGUGGCAUGUCCAGGAACAGAGUCGCUUGUGUUUCCCCAGAAACCUAAAUAUGUCUUUCUGCGGCUUCUACACCAAAUAUCAUUACCCAUCGCCAACUUUCCAAUAACACACACAUGCAGUAAGCGGAUGCGCAUGCACAUUGAGCACAAAAUACUGUAUUUCUUACCCAAACUAGAGUCACAAAUGAAUUGAUAGGCUUCUAGGCUGUUAUAGUCAUUAGCUGUUAUACUGUACAUGUAAACAGAACUGAAAAAUGACUAGUAGCAGGAAUAUACACUGAGUGUACAAAAUAUUAGGAACACCUACCUAAUAUUGAGUUGCACCCCCUUUGUCCUCAGAACAGCCCCAAUUUGUCAGGGUGUGGACUCUACAAGGUGUCAAAAGCGUUCCACAGGGAUGCUGGCCCAUGUUGACUCCCAAUGUUUCCCACAGUUAUCAAGUUGGCUGGAUGUCCUUUGAGUGGUGGACCAUUGUUGAUACACACGGGAAACUGUUGAGCGUGAAAAACGCAGAAGCGUUGCAGUUCUUGACACACUCAAACCGGUGCGCCUUGCACCUACUACCAUACCUCGUUCAAAGGCACUUAAAUAUUUUGUCUUGCCCAUUCACCCUCUGAAUGGCACACAUACACAAUCCAUGUCUCAAUUGUCUCAAGGCUUAAAAAUCCUUCUUCAACCUGUCUCCUCCCCUUCAUCUACACUGAUUUUGAAUUGGAUUUAACAAGUGACAUCGUAGCUUUCACCUGGAUUCACCUGGUCAGUCUGUCAUGGAAAGAAUGUUCUUAAUGUUUUGUACACUCAGUGUAUUUACUGUAUACUUAUGGUAAUAUACUAAUGGUAAUAUAUACAUGUAAACAGGAGUAAUAGUGACCAGUAGCAGGAUACAUAGAUACUAAUGGUAAUGGCAAUCAAUAAUCAAUGAACAGCAGCCUAGUGGUAGUAAUACAUCUAAUCAAUAAUAAUAAUAUUAAUAGCAGCAGCGUAGGUGUGAGGGGGAGCAAUAGUUGUUAGCCAUUUAACAGUCUUAUGGCCUGGGGAGUCUGUUGGUCUGAGAACAGUCAAUGUCUCAGGUGGCUGGAGUCUUUGGCAAUUUUUCGGGCCUUUUGGACCACUGUGUGUGUCAGGUGAUGUUAUAGAGGUUGGUACUAGUGUGUCUAUCUGACUGGAUGAAUGAGGUGCUGUCAGGCAGCCGGGGCGUCAGUGUUUACUUUCCCACUGGACCACUCUUCACACAGACACACUGGAUGGGAGACGGACAGAGAGAGACGGAAUGUGUGUGUAGGAAUAUUCUAAAUGAAUGAACGAGACAUCAUGGUUAGUCUAUAGGCCUGUAGACACCAUGCUUAAUUGCUUAUUUGGAGUGCGUCUGAACUGACGACUCCAUUAUAUCAUUUCCCUAUAUCUCUCCAUAUUGAAAGAGUGUGUUGGAGUGAAAGGAUGUGUGUGGGAGAGUGACACAUCUGGUGUCUGUAUGUGUUUAAACCAGGGUGUCUUGAGAAUAGAUAUGAUGAUGAUUCAGAAUGUCGUGUCAUAAUGGGACUGCAUCAUGGGGUUGCCUCCCAAAUGGCACCCUAUUCCUUACAUAGUGCACUACUAUUGACCAGAGCUCUAUGGGCCCUGGUCAAAAGUAGUGCACUAUGAAGUGAACAGGGUGCCAUUUGGGAGGCGGACAUGAACCGUAAAGGGCGUGGGUCAGCUCAUCUGGUCAGUGUUAAAGAAAUGAUGAAAUGUUCCUGUUCAUAGAGGGCGGAGCAUGUGUUUGAGAUCGAUUACAUUCAAUGUCAUAGUAGUCAGCCACUUCAGACUGACUGAACUACAAAUCACCUUACGCCAUGAAUGGCUACUCAUUUAUGAUUUGUAGAUCAGUCAGUCUGUGGUCGCUGGCUGCAAUGUAGUCGAUCUCAAACGUGGCCAGUAUGUUCAUAAUGCAGGACUGAAUUUGUGUGUGUGUCUGCAGACAGACCUGGUGUCCACCAUUGGGGAGAGUGUAGCCCUGGGAGCAGCUGGGGUCAUCGUCUGGGGAGACCAUACCUACGCCAGCAGCAAUGUGAGUGUCCUCCUUCAAGAGCUAUUUGAUCAUGAAUAGAUUAUCUGUAGCCUAGUUUGAGUCAUCAAUCUGGUGUUCCCCUCUGUAAUAUACCUACAGCUGCAGCAAUGUGAGUAUUCUCCCUGAAAAUACCCUAUUCCCUACAUAGUGACUCAAACUAUUUAUAAUCUAUGAAUGACCCAAUUGGGGUGGUUCCCAAAUGACACCCUAUACCCUACAUAGUGCACUACUUUUGACCACAGCCCUGUAGGGAAAUAAGGUGCCAUUUGGGACAGACCCCUAUUUGAUCAUUCAUAGAUUAUGCAUAAUGACUUUGAGUCAUCAGUCUGGGGUGUAUUCAUUAGUCACAGGAACCAAACUGAAGCCAACAGCGAAAACAGAACCAAACUGGGAGGGACCUAACUGUAUUUUUCCAAUAGAAACAUGUUUUUGUUGCAAAACGUUUUCUGUUUGGAGUCAACGAUUUCCGUUGCAAAAUGUUUUGCAACAGACAAACAUUUUGCAACGGAAUCUGACUAAUGAAUACACCCCUGAGGUUCCCCUCUGUAACAACUAUUUCCUGUCUGUCUAUCCACAAUUAAAUAUUAAUGUGUUGGUCCAUUCUGAGUCUGCACCUGUGUUUCACUCUCUCCUCCCUCCCUCCCUCAGGCCAGCUGCUCCAGUCUGAAUGAGUACCUACGGGGUCCGCUUGGACGGUACCUGCUUAACGUCUCCACGGCAGCAGAACUGUGCAGCCAGAAGCUGUGCACCUCCCAUGGCCGCUGCCUCCGCACACUCUCAGACACUGACGCCUACCUGCACCUCAGCCCCCUCACCCACAGCAUCAGCAUCCAGGGGGGCAGGCUGAAGGUGACCGGUCAGCUAGGUCAGGGGGAGCUGGCUAAGUACAGGCAACACUUCCAGUGCCAGUGCUACAGCGGGUACAAGGGCGUGGGCUGUGCCCAGAGAGAGCUGGGGAAGAGUGCUGCCACACCUGUCUGGAGAGUCUGGUCUGUACUGACCCUGUUGCUCCCUCUAGGGCUUCUCACUCUGCUCCAC